AGUAAACUGACAUUGAGGUCUCUGAUGUUUAACCCGGGCCGCGUUCUGAUGCAAAACAAGUUGUGACCACACAGAUUCUCAGUAGCAAUUGGAGAGAAGCAAAGUCCUUGUACCGUAGUGGAAGAUACAUAAAAAGCUACAAUUCUAAAGUUUAUGUUUAGGACCCCAGGAUUUGCACAACCUACAUCAUGAAUAGGACUCCUUACCAAGUCUGUGCUAUGUUACUUGCUGUGGCGGGGAUGUCUUGUACCAUUGCAUCCACUGUGUCCCUUAAAUGGAAAACUUCCAGUAGCAGUGGUACCAUUAUUACCUCAACGUCCAUAUUCGAAGGGCUAUGGGGGCAUUGUGUAGGCACCUCUACAGGCUCCGUACAAUGUAAGAGGUUUUCAUCUCUCUUCAGUCUCCCACCUCAUACCCAGGCAUGCCGAGCGCUGAUGAUCAUCUCUCUCAUCCUUGGACUCUUUGGUUGUAUCAUCUCCUUGUUUGGACUUAAGUGCACAAAAUUUGGAAGUAAUAAUGAACACACUAAAGGGAAGAUAGCUCUUUCUGGAGGACUGAUCUUCAUUUUAGCAGGACUGUGUUGUGUGGUGCCAGUAUCCUGGUACGCGGCCACCAUCACUCAGCAGUUUUAUGACAGUCUCUAUGGUGGAAUAAAGUAUGAACUCGGCCCUGCACUAUACAUUGGGUGGGCUGGCUCUCUGCUGGCUAUUAUUGGUGGUUCCCUUUUGUGCUGUUCUUUUAAGGCAGAGAAGAAAACGGCUAAAAAAACUGUCUAUACGUACAAGGCACCUGAAAACGAGUUCACACAGUUCAAAGAGAUGAGAGAAACCUCGACUGGAAGAGCUUACGUCUAGGCCGGGACCAGGAGUCGCCCGCAGGAGCCACAUUCAAUAAUUUUAUACUGAUCUUUUUCAUAUGCGGAUCUAUUGUGUUGUUUUUUUAGUGCACCCCAUUAUGACGACCACCCGGUAUGUUAGGACUUGGUUUUGUACACGUUGACUUUUCUGUAGUUGUGUGACAUUGUGCAUAUUGAGGGCCAGUAAAAGUUCUAAUGGAGAUGA